AUGUCCGGCAGCGCGCCAUCCGCCCCCGAUUCGCAAAUCGACCAUGCCGCCUCCCUGCGCUACUGGAACGAGGUCCCCGCCAACGUCAAUGGCAUGCUGGGCGGCUAUCCCCAGGUCUCCCGCAUCGAUCUGCGAGGCUCGAUGAACUUUAUGGCUAAGGUGCGUCGGCUGCUGCCGAACUCCACGCCGGGAAAGCUGCCGCUGGGGGUGGACUGCGGCGCAGGCAUCGGCCGCGUGACAGAAGGUUUCCUCAGUCAGGUCUGCGAGGUGGUCGACGUGGUCGAGCCGGUGGAAAAGUUUGCGCGUGUCGUGCGCGACGGAAAGCUGAAGAAGGACGGGGUCGUCGGGGAUAUCUAUGUCACCGGGCUCGAGAACUGGACGCCGGAGAAGAAAUACGAUGUGAUCUGGAACCAGUGGUGUGUCGGGCAUUUGACAGACGCCCAGCUGGUGGCCUAUCUCGCCCGCUGUCGCACAGCGCUGACGGAGUCGGGGUUCGUGGUGGUCAAGGAGAAUAUCUCGACAGAUCCGGAUGGAGAGGAUAUCUACGAUGAUCUAGACAGCAGUGUGACGAGAACAGAUCAUAAAUUCAGAGCAUUAUUCAAGGAGGCCGGAAUGAACCUGAUCAAGACGGAGGAGCAGUUGGGAUUCCCAAAGAGCCUCAAGCUCUUCCCGGUCCGCUUCUAUGCUCUGCGACCAGAGACGUAG